AUGUCCUCAAUAUUAUGUUGUGGUAUUUGGCGCCGAAACCGUGACGGAAAGGGUCCCAGGCAACCUGAGGACAAUCUCGCACUAGAAGGUUCCGUCCAUAGCAAAAUUACAACGGAAACCAAAGUAUUUACGGCACCAGGCGAUGCUGAGAUGCCUUCAGCGCCCUCCGCCCAGCAAAGCCUCAAUUCCGUUUCUCAGGUCCAAGCGCCCCACGAACCUCCAAAAGAUCAAGCAUCCAAACAAUCGAACCAGCGGAGGCCAUAUGCUGACAACUACGACCUGUGGACUGAAGCCCUAGAGUCAUUAAAGGAAGAAGAAAGGCGUGAUGUGGAGGCGUUGCUGGGUGAUCUGGACCGCGACGACACCGAUAGGAAAGGGUUGGUAGAGGACAUUCAAAAGCAACUGGAUGUGGCAUCGAAGAGCGAGCAUCACGACAGAACGACAUCUAUUGACAAAUUCUUAUCCGUGUUGAACAAAUUUCUUUCCGUCGGAGAUGUCGUUGUCAGCUUUGACCCUGUUCAUGCUGCCCUGCCAUGGGCCGCUGUUCGAUCUGUUAUCGUGAUUUUGACCGCAAACCGCGAGUUAAAAGGCUUUAUCCUCACUGGAAUGGCCGAGGUUGCUUCGCUCCUCGUACGAUGUGACAUGUACCAGCAAUUAUACAUGGCUCCAGAUCCCACUCUCCGCCCGCCCGAAGACGCCUUGGGUAAACUGAGCGCAUCCAUUGUCCAAACUUAUGCUGGAUUACAGUCAUUCCUUGCCUUCAUGGUAAGACGCCAGCAGAGCAAGGUCAAGAUAGAUGCUGUAUUCAAGCUCGAAAACGCACGAAGCCAUAUGGACAAGCUCGCUGGAAGUGAAAAGCAGUUACUGCAAGCUGCAGACGGCUGUGAAAAGGCUUGUGAUCUAUCAAGUCGAUCUGAUCUCAGAGAGCUUCUUAACAUCACAGCGGAGAUCCCUACCAUUCGGUACCAGGUAGAUUUGAUUAUGGAACGAAUUAGCGUCAAGGACGAGCGCGAGCUUCUAGAAUGGAUCUCGCCGAUACCAUAUGGAAAGCAUCACACUUUUAGAGCGGAAUCUCGAACUCACGGCACAUGUGAAUGGUUGCUACAAGACGAAGACUUUUGUGAAUGGAGGGACUAUCAGUCAUCGGCGGUUCUGUGGCUUCAAGGCUCGAUGGGAGCUGGGAAAACAUACCUCACUUCCAAGGUUAUUGACCAUGUUCGGGAUCUGCUUGGAAGCUCAUCAACCGAUGCGGGUUUUGCAUAUUUUUAUUGCAAUCGGAAUGAAGAGGAACGAAGAGAUCCACUUCGCAUCGUUCAAAGCUACGUUCGCCAACUCUCAACCGCUGUUGGAAGUACUGGACAUAUACGAAAAAGGCUUCAGGCCGUCAGCGAUAAGGCGAGAUGUCAGGGAUCUCACCUUGGUCUCGAGGCAUGCAAGACUCAACUACUAGAAUCGGUAAAUGGGUACUCUCAGACCACAAUCAUUCUUGAUGCCCUGGACGAAUGCUAUGAGCAGUCGCGCUGGCAGCUCAUCGAUGUCAUACGGGAGUUAGUAUCCAAAUCUGAUCGGCCGCUCAAGGUCUUCAUCUCAAGCCGGCCCGACGAAGACAUCAAGACGCAGUUCUCUGGGAAGAACAUUGAGAUCCAGGCGACAAACAAUCAGGGUGACAUUGAGAAAUUUGUCAAUGCCGAAAUAGACAAGCCUAGACAUUGGGGAGCGAUAUCCCAAUCACUGCGGAACGAAAUCGUCAGAACCCUCAGCGAAGGCAGCCAGGGAAUGUUCCAAUGGGCGUAUCUACAGAUUCAACAAGUGCUUGAAUUGCCAACUGAACCAGACAUCCGGGAUAGGCUUGGGAGACUCCCGAUUGGACUCAAAGAAGCAUACGAUGAGGUAUACGGAAACAUUGCGAAAUUUCAGCAUGCGAAGGUCCUCGUGGAUCGCGCGUGCAAGUGGGUGAUGAGUGCCUGCACUCCUCCCAGCAGCGAUGAGCUUUUGUUUGCAAUUUGCAUUGAUUCUGACGAAAAUUCCAUCAACCUUGAAAACAUGGUCACCGAAUCAGGCUUACUGGUUCUAUGCAAAAACCUACUUGUUCUCGAUUCUUUGAGGGGUGUUUGGAGGUUCUCCCACCUGUCGGUAGUGGAGUAUUUUGAAGCCAACCACUGGGGCCUUUGGCAGGCUCAUUCCGAUGCUGCCAAACUGUGUCUCAGGCUUCUGAUUGAGACGUAUGGGAACCCAACCUACGCAAGCGGUAUGGUAAUCCUAGGCGACAAGAACAACAUGAACCCCCUGAACAAGCCUCGCUCCGUUUAUCCAUUAAUAAUAUAUGUACGGCAUCACUGGGUGAUUCACGUUAGAACAUACGAAGAUCUAACCGCCAAGGAAGGAAAAGAAGUAGACCCUCGGUUAGCGAAGCUUUUGAAGAGUUUUCUUGGUUCUCCCGGCGAGAGCAGUUUUCAAUACCGCGCCUGGUAUCGUUGCCUUGACCCAUACUUAUAUACAGCCCCACAGUCGAGCUUUUUGCGCGAAGUCGGCUACAUAUCCCAAAGGGAGAGUAUCUCUCCAGAAAAUGUCACAAUUUGCGCUAUGUGCCGCUUCCCGUUCUACAUUCUCUUGCGGGACUGGUGGGACGAUGCAGAGUUCACUGUUUCACAAACCAAUGGGCAUGGCGACACCCUCUUGACACUUGCUAUCAAGGCAGGUUGCAAACCUAUCUGUGAGACACUGAUAAAACGAGGGAUAGAAACGAACCUCGUGUUGCCAGAAAAUAAUUAUGGGAGCGCUCUCGCCGCUGCCGCUAAUUUCGGACAUAAAGAGAUCGUUAACCUCCUUAUUAAGAAUGGGGCCGACGCGAACCUUACGUUGUCGAGUGGAGACUACGGGAGCGCUCUCGCCGCUGCCGCUUGGGGAGGAUAUAUAGAGGUCGUCAACCUCCUUAUCGAGAAUGGGGCCGACGCGAACCUUACGUUGUCGGGUGGAUAUUACGGGAGCGCUCUCGCUACUGCCGCUUCUGAAGGAGAUGAAGAGGUCGUUAACCUCCUUAUCGAGAGUGGGGCCGACGCGAACCUUACGUUGUCGAGUGGAAUUUACGGGAGCGCUCUCGCCGCUGCCGCUUCUAAAGGAUAUAAAGAGAUCGUUGAUCUCCUUAUCGAGAAUGGGGCCGACGCGAACCUUACGUUGUCGAGUGGAGCUUACGGGAGCGCUCUCGCCGCUGCCGCUUGGGGAGGACAUAAAGAGGUCGUUAACCUCCUUCUCGAGAAUGGGGCCGACGCUAACCUUACGUUGUCGACUGGAGGAUACGGGAUCGCUCUUGCCGCUGCCGCUUCUCAUGGACAUAAAGAGAUCGUUAACCUCCUUAUCGAGAGUGGGGCCGACGCGAACCUUACGUUGUCGAGUGGAGUUUACGGGAGCGCUCUUGCCGUUGCCGCUUGGGGAGGAUAUAAAGAGCUCGUUAACCUCCUUAUCGAGAAUGGGGCUGACGCUAACCUUAUAUUGUCGUGUGGAGACUACGGGAGCGCUCUUGCCGCUGCCGCUUCUUAUGGACAUAAAGAGAUCGUUAACCUCCUUAUCGAGAGUGGGGCCGACGCGAACCUUACGUUGUCGAGUGGAAUUUACGGGAGCGCUAUCGCCGCUGCCGCUUCUAAAGGACAUAAAGACGUCGUUAACCUCCUUAUCGAGAAUGGGGCUGACGCCAACCUUAUAUUGUCGUGUGGAGACUACGGGAGCGCUCUUGCCGCUGCCGCUUCUCAUGGACAUAAAGAGAUCGUUAACCUCCUUGUUGAGAAUGGGGCUGACGCCAAGCUUGCGCUUUCUAUUGCCCCUUCUCGAGAACAUGACAAGAUCGUGGAUGUGCUCGUCAAACAUAGGGGGCUCCUGGCAUUCAAUGGGCCCCGAUCGGCCUAA